AUGAACGUGACAAAGAGAAAGGUUAGGAUAUGUGGAUGUGGCUUCCCUGUUGUUCAAAGAACUUCAUGGACACAUGAUAAUCCUGGAAGAAAAUCCGUGGGCUGCAAAUUCUAUGAUUUCUCAACUGGUAAGGCUCGUUGUGAUGCGUUCGAUUGGGUGGAUGAAGUAAUUUUGGAAUGGCAGAAAGAUGUGACUAAUGUCCUGAUUGCUGAGAAACAGAGAUUGAUUGGUGAAGUGAAAGUCCUCGAGGCAAGGAUUGAUUGUAUUCAACGUGAUAAUAAUCGGGUGCACGAUGAGCAUGAGAAGAUGAAGAUUAAGUAUCACAAGAUGAAGAAGAUGACAGAAGGUGGUGUGAAGGCAGGGAUUAGGAAUGAUCACGUCCUAAUUCUUGUAUGUUUUAGUGCUAUUGUUUCAAUUGAUGUCAGUGUAAUGUAUGCCAAGGUUUUUGGUUAA